CAGCAUCGCGUGCGUGCAACGCGAGAUGUGUUUGUGAGGAAGGCAAUACAUCUCUAACCUACAACAAAUAGUUUGCUACGAUGUCUCGCUACCAGAGCUCAGACCGUGGAGGUGGUGGUGGUGGAGGCGGGGGUAGUCGAAGUGGAGACCCAGAUUGCAAAGUAUACGUCGGUAACCUCGGCUCGUCAGCGGGAAGGAGGGAGCUUGAGAGUGCAUUCAAUGGCUACGGGUCGUUGAGGAACGUCUGGGUGGCCAGAAACCCUCCAGGUUUUGCCUUCAUCGAGUUUGACGAUCCGCGUGAUGCUCAGGAUGCAGUGAAAGGAAUGUAUAGAAAGAGAAUAUGCGGAAGAGAUGUAACAGUCGAGAUGUCCAACGGAGAGAAACGCCAGAGGCGAAGCUUCGGCGGUGGUGGCGGGGGCAGACCGCCCCCACGACGGGCCAGCCGAAAUGACAAAUGCUACUCUUGCAGCGACUACGGCCACUUUGCCCGCGACUGCCCCAAUAGAGGGAGUGGAGGCGGGGAUGGCGGGUACGGAGGGCGUCGCUACGGAGGUGGAGGUGGUGGUUGGGGCGGUUCUCGCGACCGCGAUAAUCGCAGAUCAAGGAGUAACUCCAGGAGUCGCAGCCGUGGGCGAAGUCGCAGCCGUAGCCGCGGACGAAGCCGCAGUCGCAGCCAUAGAAGCCGCAGUCGUAGCCAUAGCCGUGGACACAGCCGUAGUGUCUCUCCACCACGUAGACACAAGAGCCACAGCAAGUCUCGUAGCCGUAGCCGAAGCCAUUCUCGUUCUCAUCACCGAAGGAGUUCCUCCAACGAGAGAGAAUAGUUUCAUCAUUUUACCCAGAAUGCCCUUCAGUCCAGCUGUAUAGACUGUCAGAGAAAUACAUGCUAUUUCUGAAGAAAAAAAAAAGAAAAACAAAAAGAAGAAAAAAAUUGAAAAAGAAAUUGUGAAGCAUAUCACAUCAUGUUAGAAGCAGCAGUCUAACUUAAUCUUUAAGACUAAAAUGGUCAAGGGACCAAUUCUUGUGAUCUGCUAAGCAUGUUUUACAGACUACCAGGUGAAUGUAUGCGUUUCAUAUUCAUCGGCUGGUUACCAUUGUAAGUUUUGGAUUCGCUAAGCAUAACUGACAAUCUACCAACUUAUUGCAUGAAUUUUUGUAUUGUUAAAAAAAAUUGUCAAUAUAUCGUCUGAAGAAUCCACAAUUUAAGCAAGAGUUGAUUUGUGUUCACUUGUGUAUUUGUCAUAUUUCUUGUUACCUAGGCGUUCUUGGCUUACACAUCUUACAUAUAAAUUGGGGUAGUUUCAUAAAAGCUGUUAAGCAGAAAAUGCAACUGAGUAAAUAUUUUCGCUAAGCUAAACAAAAUUAGGGUGGCACCGGUUGUAACAAAUAUUAACUUUAUAGAAUGUUAGCUGGUAGCCUGUUUCUGCUUAGCAGUAUUUACUGAUGCUUAUGAACAUUUUGCGCCUAGGCUUUAUGAAACUUGGCCCAGGGCUUAGCCUGUAAGCGCUCUGGAGGAUGUUACAGAAAAGCAGAGUUAUAAAGCGUAGACACGUCUGAAAUUAUUACACCACUUUGCUCGUUUUCCAUUGUAAUUAGGCAUGAUGUUCUUCCUAUGGUAAUCUGAAUUGUUUGUUUACACGCAUUGCUAUUUUUACCAUGUUUUAUUAUGGUUUGACACUCAAAAGUCUCAACAUGAUUAUUUUUUAGAUGUGCACUCUGCAAAAAACACCUCAGCGACGAAAUAAAAGGUUUGAAAAAAUAACCCAGCCGUUAGUCUUAAAAAACGGAUUAUCCACAAAGAAGGGGGCCUCCUCCUUCCUUUUUGUAGAAAGGGAGGACGCUAAACAUGUUUUUUUUUUGGAGGGGGGGGGGGGCAUUCGGUAUCCCAUACCCAACAUGGCAUCCUACCGUUCUAUAUCCAGCUUGGUGUCCCAUCCAAAAAGGCGUCACAUAUCCAACAUUGCGACCCAUAUCCAAAAUAAUGGUGUCCAAUAUCAACAUGAUGUGUUAAAUACUGUACAUAUCCACAUGGUGCGAUAUGGACCAUGCAAUAAUAUUAUGGUCUCAUAUUCACUGCUGCUGUUAUGGAUCCACCAAUCGGGGCUCACUUUUAAAGAGCUGCUUAAGCUGAGAAUACUAGUGCUUACAAAUUUACUGCUUAGCAAAAGAAGCCGGAAACCAGUCGAUGAAUAAACAUGUGACAUGCCAUUUUGGCUGGUAACCUUAUUCUGAUAGCACAAUUUUGUUCUACGCAUUUACAAUGUAAGCAACUUAUUUCCACUAAGAAGCGCUGGUAAUUUUCGGUCCCAAAACUUGGAUGAAAGUUUGGUUCAAGUUUGCUUGAAUUUAUCAAAGAUGCAUGUUGGUUGAACUAAACGGGAUACAGCUAGGUUUCAAAUGUUCCUUAAAUUUCAGUAUCAUGUCUGUGUAAUGAAGUAGCUUAGAGUUAUCGCAUCUUGGGUGUGUUUUGAGUUGUCCACAAGUUCCAUUUGACAGUAGCAAAAGAAUGUUAUAACAUGUAAAGGUUUUAUAAUCAAAAGCCCAGAAUUUCAAUAGUGGAAAAUCAUGCACUAUGGGUCUGUUAUGCUAAAUUUAAUGUCAAACUUUACCAUUGAUUUAAUUUUUACUAAGAAGCUAAAUUUACCACUGGUUUACCUGAUGCGCUCUUAAAAGUAGCCACUGAAAAGAAAUGAAAAUAAAAUUGUUAAAUAUAUUGAGCAUUUUUAAGUGAAUACAUGUGUACAGUUCAGAGCACUCCUUUUUAUUUGUUGAGAUGUAAUGCUUUUUCUUUUCUGCGAAGAAAUUAAUUUUGGGUAUUUUUGCUCCAAGUUUUUAAAAAGUAACAUGGUCAGUGAUUUUUGAUAUAGGAGGGGCCUAAUGAUUGCUUAUUUCUUCAGUCACAUUUAUUGAUGUAUUGUAUGUAGUACAUUUGUCAGUGGCAGACAUUGCCUGUAUAAAUUGCAGACUGCCAAAUUUUAUUGAGCUGAGUAAGCACAACAAGUAUUUGCUAAGCAUAACAAAAAUUAAGGUUACCAGCCAAAGAACUUUCACUUGCACUCGGUAUGUGACUGGUAUCCUGUUGAUAAUUGCUUAGCAGAAAAAUGUACGUGUAAAGCCAAAUUAUUUUGAAAUUUAGGCUUGAUGAUCGAUCACACUUGAUUUACAAUCGUCCAAAAAGAAAAAAAUUAUGUCGUCAUUUUGAGCGCGCGGCACCAACAGCGAGAGGUAAAAGAAGGUUUCUCAUUGGCCCAUCACGUUUAUUUUCCCUUUUUUUCUUCGUCGUUUUUACCUUAAAGAUUACAGGGUGAUGAUGAUGUCACUGAUUAAAGCCGGUUCAUACUUGCUGCGGAUGCGUAGCGAAUUUUGGUGACAUAAUAAUCUGUAUGCGCUCCCCUCCAAACUGUGACGCAAGUUAAUUCUCUUUGCACCAAGCAUUUGCAAGCAGCAUGAACCGGGCUUAACGGUCCAUAAAAAGUGUGUUUCAUUCAACCUAGAGAAAGUUUGAAUCAGUACCUACAUGUACCCCAGAUUUUUUAUCAAGGUAGGAAUAAAAAUCAUAAAAAAUAAACACAAAUUGUUAUUAUUUUUUUUUUAGCAGAGUUCUCACACAAUUUUGUUUUGGGAAAAUGUUUUAUUUUAUUUAUUUGUUUUUUGUUAUGUUAAGUUUUCUUUGCAUACACUGCUUUAUAACUCUUUCUACCUUAUGCUCUAUAUGUGUUAAGUAUGUGCAUUAUUUUUAAAAUUGUUGUGACAUUGUUACAUUACUGUUAGAAAAUAAAUGAUUAGUUUUUGUGACGGGUUACAGAUG